AUGGUUCCCAGCGAGAGCGACGAGGAGCGUCUUUUGCGGAGGAGUCACAAAGGACUCGGAGAUAGAUUUCACUCGGCACCCACUUAUCUCCCGAAUACCCCGAACCCCUCUCACACGAUCUUCAAUCUCCUCCAGAACCCUCUCACACAAACCUCAUCUCACGCCCUCUCCAUCCAAAUCCUCUCCGGCGAACCCCUCCGCGAACCUCUCCUCCGAACUCCUCUUCACCGAACAAACCUCAUCUCACGCCCUCUUCCUCGACGAGCCCACCACCGGGCUCGACAACACCGCCGCCUUCUUCAUGGUGGAGACGCUGAAGCACAUCGUGGUGGACAAAUGCACCAGCAUGCAACAAAAUGCAAGGCCUGUGACAAGACUGUCUACCUCGUGGAUCAGCUCACCGCCGACGAAAUCGUCUUCCAUAAGUCCUGCUUAAGUGCAAUCAUUGCAAAGGAACCCUCACGCUAAGUACAUAUUCAUCCAUGGAAGGUGUUUUGUAUUGCAAGCCUCA